AUAAGGAAACAACAUUAAUGUUUCCUGACUACCUACCAUGUGUGAAGCAUUUACACAUUAUGUUAUGUUAGCUUAUUUAAUCCACAUAACAACCCAAUAAGGGAAAUAUUCCUCCAGGGGAGGAAAUGGUGAUUCAGAAGUGCAGCGACUUGCCUAAGGUCAUACAAGUAAACAGAACACAUCAUUCACUUCCCAGGAAAAGAAAUCUCACUGCAGGUAAUAACCCAACUGGCAAGCUUCUCCUCAGAACACACAAUUUUCUCUCCAGGGCUCCAUUCUAAAUAUUUAACUUAUACAAUCACAUUAUUAGUGUCUCAAAUUUUUAUUUACAAACAUUAAUUAAAAGCACUCAAAUCAUGUAGUACCAAAUUGUGUUUCAAAAUAAGUUCUGUUAAAGUAGUACAUUUCUUAAUCAUUUUGUGGGUUAUUGCACUUCCGGAACCAACUAUUGAUACACUUCCUCUUUUUCUACAGAAACUAUUUCAGUUUGCUAGAGGAUCAUUUUAAAUCUGAAUCGAACCACCCCUUUUACUUUCUUAGCCAAAUCACCAAAAUGUCCAGUUAGAACAAGAAUUUAGCAUUCUACAAAAGAAGUUAACAGCUGAGGGGAAACAUUCUGAAAUGGAUUCCAAAUAUUUCAUUUUAAUUUUCUUUUGUGGACACCUGAAUGAUACAUUCUUCUCCGAGACAGAAGCAACCACAACAGAGAAGCAGCCACAGACUACCUUACUUAGAUCAAAAUCAUACACUUCGGCUAUUUCUCAAAAUACAACAGGGAAUCGUUUGGGCCAACCAACACAAUUCAACAACACUUCUUCUGGACAACCAAUACCACCUGCUGAAGUCACUGCUGGACACGCAUUUGCCUAUAACAUCACCAGCCAACCAACAGCAACAGCCAACACCUCCUCCCAACAAACAGCAAUACCAGGGUUCACCUCUGCCAGAAAACUACCACCAUCUGCCCAAACUUCCACUAGACAACCACUACCACCAUCUGUCUACAUCUCCACUCAACAACCAUCAUUAUCUUCCCACACCUCUUCUGGAAAAUCAAUACCACCACCAACUGUCAAAAUUUCAGCCAGGAUUACACCAGGUUUCAUUCCAGAAACUACCAGUAACAAAAAAACUAAUUCCAAUUCAAUAGCUGCCAUAUUAAUUGGUGUAAUUCUCACUUCUAUGUUGGUAGCUAUAAUCAUGAUUGUAUUAUGGAAAUGCUUGAGAAAACCAGUCUUAAAUGAUCAAAAUUGGGCGGGUAGAUCUCCAUUUGCUGAUGGAGAAACCCCUGAUAUUUGUAUGGAUAACAUCAGAGAAAAUGAAGUACCUGUAAAACGUACAUCAAUUGUCUCACUUAUGGCCUGGAAACCAAGCAAAAGCACACUUUUAGCAGAUGACUUAGAAAUUAAGUUGUUUGAAUCAAGGGAAAACAUUGAAGAGCCCAAUAACCCCAAGACAGAGAAAAUAAAAGAUCAAGUAAAUGGUACAUCAGAGGAGAGUGCUGAUGGAUCAACAAUUGGCACCGCUGUUUCUUCUUCAGAUGAUGCAGAUCUGCCUCCGCCACCUCCCCUUCUUGAUUUGGAAGAGCAGGAAAGCAAGCAAUCUGACAAACCCACAAUGACAAUUCUAUCUCCUCUUCAAAGUGAUUCUACUGAUCUCCCACCAUCUAUGGACUAUCUCAAUCAAGCCUGUGAAGAUCAUAAUUCUGAGACCAAACAGUCAUUCCUGCCUCCCCCUGACUUAGUUAACUUGACCCCGCCACCACUAGAUUUUAUGAAAAAUCAGGAAGAUUCCAACAAUGAGAUCCAGUGCCUCGAGUUCUCUAUUCCUGACUCUGCUCAAGAUCUCAAUGAAUCCCUGCCACCCCCACCUGCAGAACUGUUAUAAAUAUCACAACUUGCUUUUUAGUCCUUAAAGAACGCCAUCUUUUGUUCUUUAUAUGAUGAAAUGUAUAAAUGGCAACUGGUAGCUUACUUUGAUUUUCAUUCAGGAACUACCUGAAAUCUGCUCAAAGCCAUGUGUAUAGGCAGAACUUGUUUUAAAAAAAUUAUAAUAGUGAUCUAUUUACUGACUGUCAUACCUAUCUUUAAAGUAUAGUACAUUUUACACGUGUAUGGUGUAUAAAUUAAUAACAUUUUUGGGAACAAGCAGUCUACAUAUAUUUAAUAUUACUCCUUUUUUUUUUCCCGAAAAGCUAUGUAUAAACUUACCUUGAAUAAACAAAAUUUUAUUUUUCCACUUCAAUUGGGGAGGGAAAAGAAUGAAAGAUUAAAUAAAUCUCCAAAUUUUAAAUUAAUACUCCAAGUUUGUCAGAAUAAGAGAUUAAAAUGCAUGCUGAGAAUAGAGAAAUUUUCUUUUUGAUCUCAUCAGAAACAGUAAAUAAAAUAUAAUAAAAUGCCAAAUUAGGUGGUUUGGUUGGGGACAUGUACCCUGAAAAAAAUAAGAGCAAGCACCAUAAAAUGUAAGCACCUUCCUUUCUUGUUAGGGGAGGACAAAUUUUAAAACUAACCUCUUAAAAAGUUUUGUCUUUAUUUGCCUUAAGCACCCAAACAAAAUCAAGCCUUAUAAAGGGAAGUAACAUUCUACAGCUUCAUUCUAAAUAUGGAUCUUUGUCAGAGUCGAGGUGGAGAUAGCAGCCUGUGCCUCGAGAAGUGCUCCUUUGUCCAACAAGCACAAAUUUCUCCACAUUACCUCCACCCCCACUCCAGGAGGAAACACAGUCACUUAGAAUGAAAUGUGCUAGGGCCUUGGAGAAAUCUCACAUGGUUUUGGAACUGUCAGAAUAGAAUAUACUAUUUAUUUGUACCCCAUCUUUCAAGAAACUAACCAAGUUCUAUCUUUAAUAAAAACUAGCAGGAUUUUGGACAUUGAAAUUUUAUAUACAAUGUUUCUCUUAAAAGUCUUUUAAACACUCCCUGCUGAACAUUAAAACUUUUUAUCUGCAGAAACACUUCUUUGCAUUUUUUACUUAUCCUGAAUAAGCAUGUUGUUUAUUGUCAUAGUAUACUGAUUCUCUUCUGUUAUCCACAUUAAACAGUUUCCUUCAUUUGUUUUUCAAACUUAGCACUUUUAAGGUUAAUCUACCCAAUCAGCAGCAAUCAGGAGUUUGAGAAUUUCCUAUUAUUGUUUUGAAAUUUAAGUAUUUUAGUUAGGGUAAAUAAAAUAUAAUGUUUUUAUAUUUGGUCAA